AUGGCGAAUAAGUACAAUGUUCAGAUACUACUCCAAAAGAAAUACUCCAAUUGUCAAUCCUAUUAUUACUCAAGGACUCUGAAUGAUUUUGUAAAUUCAGCCAGAACAAAAGAGGUGAUAGAGUUUUACCAGGCUCUAGCAUAUAAUGAGAACCAGGAAUAUUUGAGACGGUUCUAUUUUGCCAAUGAAUUGAGGGAUAAACUUCAGUUAUUUACUGAGUACUACAAAUAUCAUAAUGAGAUUCCAAGAUUCUUUAUGCAUAAAAUCAGCAAUAUUAUGAGCAAUUAUCAUGAUAAGAAAAGACGAGUCGAAUAUUAUCGCAUAAAACGAAUUAUUGAAGUAGAAAAUCGCAAAAAUCCUAACAAACCUAAAAAAGCAAUUGCUGGCGAUUAACCAGAAGAACUCAAACCUACAUCUCCUAAAGUUCAAAAUCCAGUCUAUAGCAAAUUACUCCAAGAUCUCGUCGAUAACUCUACAACAAUAGAAGCAAUUAAUAACAAAUUAGAAGGUCUUUAGAUUAAAACUGGAGAAUUAAUAUUUCUACCUUCUAACAGGGAAGAAGAAUAACUGCAGAAAUUUAUUCACUUUCUAGCAGAAAAACAAAAGCCUAAAGUCUAAUCGCACAUCCAAUUGCAUUCGCCGAAAACAUUUAACAGAAUUCCAUUUGGAGUGAGUCAAUAGACUAUCAAAUAGAUUAUAUCAAGAACUUCAAAAACCAAACAAACAUUUCAUCUAUCUCCUAAAACAUUUAAAGAUGAACAGUUGCUCACUCAGAAUGGCCCAUCCACACAUAGAGUAAUCAAGGAUCCUCUAUCUAAAAUGCUCAGUCCUGCUCACAUCUAUACUAUGAAUUCACCACAUGCAGCAGAAUUUCAAUAAAAACUCAAUAUUCAAACUCAUCGAUCACAAUAAGCAAGUGUUUCUCUAUCCAAAUAAUUUAAAAUUACAGAAAGCAUUCCCUAAUCCAGAAAGGCUCAUCAACACACAAGAUCAGGAUAUAGAUUUUUUAAGAAAUGA